AUGAAGGGUGCCUCAAGCAGGCUCGGGACGGGACUCCGUACUGCAUCAGUCACGGAGGUGGCCGUCGGUGCGAAGUUCUGGAGUGCACGAAGAGUGCUGUGGGCAGCAGCGAACGCUGCAAAGCUCACGGCGGAGGGAGAAGAUGCACCGUGGAUGGCUGUACCACCGCUGCCCGCCCAGGCCCCUUGCAGCUGUGCCAAAAGCAUGGUGGCAAGGAGCCCAGGCGAGCAAGUGGGAAAGGUGUGUACUCUGACGCUGGCGGUCCAAGAUGAAAAGGGGGACAUGAACAUAUGGAAGGUGGAGAAGGCCGAAGAGAAAGCAGUUUUGGAUGCGCUCGGUGACGAUUUUGUUUUACUUGAUAUCCCUGUUUAG